GUCUUGUCAAUCAGAGCCAGAGGCCGGCUGAAGUUGAAGGCUGGGAGCAGCAUACUUCCUUUUUCGCCUGAUUUUGGCUAGGUUGCCAGUAGCAGUGAUGUCGGGGCUGAGGGGCACCGGGCUGGCGCUUUGUGCGGUAGCGGCGCUUGUGGCAGGUGUUUUUGCUAAUGAAUUUAAUGUAUUACGAUCUCCUGAGUCAGUCAUUUUCCGUCAGGGAAGCUGGCCGAUACCUGGAGAACGAAUUCCAGACCUGGCUGCAUUAUCCAUGGGCUUCUCUAUUGAGGAAGACCUAGCCUGGCCUGGCCUUGCAGUGGGUAAUCUCUUCCGACGUCCUCGAGCUACGGUUCUGGUCACAGUAACAGGGAUAGAUAAGUUGACGCUACCUGAGAAUAGUAUCUCUUACCCAGUUGAGAAUACAGUUCCUUUCAACCUGGAUAGUGUUGCAAAUACCAUUCAUACCUUGUUUUCUGAGGAAACCCCUGUAGUAGUGCAGCUUGCUCCUAGUGAAGAGAGAGUAUACAUGGUAGGAAAGGCAAACUCUGUGUUUGAGGACCUUUCGGUCACACAGCGACAGCUUCGGAAUAGAUUAUUCCAGGAUAAUUCCAUUCUGGCUUCUCUACCCCUCAAUUCUCUGAGCAGAAACAAUGAAGUGGAUCUGCUAUUUCUGUCAGAAUUACAAAUCCUGCAAGAUAUCACAAGCUUGCUUUCCAGGCACAAGCAUUUAGCAAAGGAUCAUUCACCAGACCUGUACUCCUUGGAACUUUCUGGGUUGGAAGAAAUUGGUAAGCGGUAUGGAGAGGACUCUCAGCAGUUUAAGGAUGCCUCUCAAAUUCUUGCAGACUCACUGCAAAAGUUUGCAGAUAAGAUGUACAAUCUCUAUGGUGGCAGUGCAGUGGUGGAAGUUAUGACUGUGAAGACCUAUGACACACCUUUUGUGAGGAAGUCACGAUCUAUCUUGGAAACCUCAAAGACCAUCCCUGAAAAUCAAUAUAACAUAGGAUAUCCAUACAACUUUAACUAUGCUGUGGUCUUCAACAUAUGUCUGUGGAUCAUGAUAGCCCUGAUCAUAGCUGUGAUUGUCAUUUCCUACAACCUCUGGAAUAUGGAUCCAGGCUACGACAGCAUCAUUUACAGGAUGACCAACCAGAAGAUCAGGAUGGAUUAAGCACCAGCUAAUUGAAAUCUAAGGAAGACUAACAGUGCAACCCAGAACAGAAUUACUUCAGUCUAGGCCACUGACUUCAAUUGACUUAAGAGUGGAGUAACUCUUUUCUGGAUUGCACUAGAAGUCUCCUUUCAAUUCAACCAUCUCUGUGAAGUUUUGUUAAUUUGAACAGUCAGUUGGCAAAGCUGGGAAGUGCAAUGGUUGUGAAAGUAUGAUCUACUUGCAAUGCACUGAAAGUAAGUUAGCAACUUGUUUCAUGUUAAAUUCCUUACACCGAGAGUUUAGGAUGUUGAGCCAAUGUUAGGUACUGAAUUAAUUGUGAAUGUUCAGUGUAAAUACUUUGGACUGCGUGUAUGAAUCUUUACUAUAUAAGGUCCUUUGGUGGAAUGCCUUGUUUUAAAAUCUGGGUUCUGUGUUUAUACUUGUGAGCUACCGUAUACAAACUUUGAAUAAAGUGAACAUUUAUGUGAAAAUUUCAUGCAGAAGUUACCCAGAAUAAGGAAAAACAUAAGCAGUGAUACAAGUUACUGCCUAGUUGCAAUGGGAUGAAUUAUUUUAGAGAAGAUUUCAUUAGUAAGCUUAGCUUUAUUAAUAUCUUAUUCUAUGCAGAGGACAAUUUGAGAGUGACUAUGGACUGUCAAAAAGACACUGCCAUCCUGUUAAGUGUUCAUCUAGUCUAAACCUGUUGAAAUAGGCUUGAAGUAGAUGAACUCGGUCUACAAUUGCAAUGAGGCGCAGAUGUGAACUUGAUUGCACAUUUGUUAAGGUGCAUGGUGCUUGUAGCAGUCAUGUGUCAGAUAUCCACAAAUGUUGUAGUGUGGAAAGUAAGCUGUUUUGUGAAAGUAAGCAAACAUAGUUUCUCAAUGCAAAUUGAAGGUUGUAUAUACUUGCAGAAUUGAGUGCAUAUGCAAGUCACUCAGUCAUUUUUCGUAUACUGAUAAAUAUCCAGAGCUGGAUAGCCUCAGCUAGCUGAUAUGAGAAGCCAAGCAGGGGCAGCCAUGGUUUGUUUGAGGAUGGGAGAUCACUAAGGCAAUGGCAAACCACUGCUGAAGUCUGUUGCCUUGAAAAGUCCCUGUGAGGUCACUAUGGUAGCUGUGACUUACACACUUCACAGACACAGGCUAAUACCACCAGUAGUCCCUGAAUGAAUAAAUUUUAAAGUAGAUCCACCUCAGGGUUCUGAAGCAACGUAGUUUCUUCCAAGAAAGUUAAGUAUUGUAAACUGCACAGCAACCCUGUGCAUUACUUUUUAUCUAACGGUGUGAUAUUUCCUAUGUCCCUCAGCAUGUUGCAACACAGUCCAUGUCAUGUUGACCUUGACAAUUAAAAGCUGCUUCAAUAUGAAACACUGAAUGGGUAACCUAGAACUAUCAUUGUUAAUUUAAUAUAUAUUUCAUAUUGUAGAGCGAUAGGUGUAAACUUUGUUACAUAUACAACUUGGGCUUUGGCUUGAUACAGACUAUCAACACUACUAAAAGAAGGGAUUUUUUGAUUUAACAAAAAUGUCACCUUUACUCAACCAUUGUCUGAUAUUGUGUUCUUGCAGAAAUAUGAGAUUUGCUCCCCACUGCUAAUUUAAUGACAUACAAUAAAUACAUGAUUAUCUCCUGGUUA